CCCCGACUUGUAGUUCACAGGAAAGCAUGAGUUUACGGUAAGGAACAUUAAAGUUUAACACAUAUAAAUAAAGAUAAGGCCACAUGUAUUUGGAGAUUUCACGUAACAACUCAACAGCAUUAAACUUUACUAAUGAGUGAAACGUAACAAUGCUAACCGCUAAUGCUAGCUUCCUCUGUGAGUAAUUUCACCGGCGACGUGGAAGCUUCGCAGCUCAGAUCUACUAGAGUUGUUCGGUUAGCCUGUUAAAUAAUUUCCUCUGGAGCUGCUGUUAUGGCUGGCAGCAGGGUACAGCUGGAGCUGUCCCGUGUGCUUCAGGGCAGGGCACGGUUGGGCGUACUGAAGGGUCUCGGGAGGACCGGGCAGCACUCGCUGGACGUUCCGGGGUGUCUGCUGUACACCCACUUGGGCACGGUCCCCCACCUCACCCAGGACACGCUGCACACCAUCAGCAACCUCCCCUCUGUCACCCAGGUCACUCUGUCCCACAUAGCAGAGCAUCAAGAAGUGCUGGAAGAGUUCAAAGAUGGGUUCAGAAAGUUUGCAGGCCUUCAUGAUACAGUGUUGUACUGCUCGCUUUACGACCCUGCAGUUCUUAGCCCGACAGGCUACAUUACUAACAAGACKGUGUCCUUGUGGGGCACCGGUGGGCGGGUCGAGCUGUCGGUGGCCAGGUUUAUGGCUCUCCAGAAGAUGGUGCAGCCGGACUGGUACCACACCAUGGCAGAUGGAGAGACCUGGCAGAUCAACACGUCUCGCAAAAGGGUCAGGAAGUCGGUGGAUCGAACCCUGGCUCAUCUGGAUGAGUGUCUGCUGCUGCACCAGAAAUCACAGGAAUUAGACAGUACCGUGGUGUUCGGGGUGGUGGAGGGAGGAGACAUCCUGGACGAGAGGGUGCGCUCGGCCAGGGAGACAGCCAAAAGGCCCGUGGCAGGGUUCUGUCUGGAUGGUUUCCAAACUGGUGCCAUGGACCAGGACCUAAGGACCCAACUCAUCACUGCAGUGACCAAGGAACUGCCUGAAGACAAACCCAGAUUGCUGCAGGGUGUAGGGCGCCCUGAUGAGGUGCUGGCAUGCGUGGAGGCUGGCGUGGAUUUGUUCGAAGGCUUUUUCCCGUUCCAGGUGACGGAGCGAGGCUGUGCUCUCGACUUCAGCUUCGACAUCUACUCGGAACCAGAGCUCACAGCUCGGGAUGAAGAGGAGCACGCAGCGGGGGAGAGGCAGCCAAACGGAGAUCUUAAUUGUGACAAUCAAACACAGAUGACAGCCUUUGAAAUGAAUCUCAAAGACAAAAGGUUUCAGGACGACUUCAGGCCCCUGGUGGAGGGGUGUGGCUGCUACUGCUGUAAGAACCACCAGAGGGCGUACCUGCACCACCUGCUGGUGACCAAUGAGCUGCUAGCUGGAGUCCUGCUCAUGAUUCACAACACAAGCCACUACCAGAGCUUCUUCAGCGCACUGAGGCGAGCUUUGGUCGACGACAAACUGGACCUCCUGAAGAAGCAGCUGCACCGGGAUGAAGGCUCGCAGACGAACAGAAAGGAAAACGUUUUACUUUAGGAGGAAGAACCUGGACUGAUGUGAAGAGACGGACCAGAAUGGUCCAGUAACGAGUCCAGCUGUAAAAUUAAGACCUUCAGGCAAACUUAUUUUAUACUCUUUGAAGCUGUGUUAUUGCAAAAAGUAAAAUAAAGAAUAAAAGUAAUUCUGGAUUCUGGAA